AUUACAGACAUCUGUAAACACAGAAGAUGGACAAACAAUAUAAUCUCGAGGCUGGACGCUAUUACAAGACGCAAGGUAAGAGUCACGUCGCCUGUAUCAUAGUUCUACUGGUGGUGACUGCUUUGGGGAUUUCGGUCGGGAUGAUUGCCUCUUUAGCAACAACAGUAGACGAAACGCAAAGUCAAUCGGACAUGGUUUUCAAUGGCGUAACUAACAAUAUACCGACUUCCCGACUUUUCACUACUACUAGCACUGCGAGAGUCACAACAAAGUCAUCCACAAUGUCAAGGGAGAUAACAACUACAACAGCGCAUGUUGAGACAUCUACCACAAUGGCUAUGACAUCAAAGCCGACAACAACUAAGCAUACCGAAACCACAACUGCCGAUGAAGCUGAAACAACGCAUCUACCAGCGCCGACAACAGUAACUGAGGUUAGUAAAUCAACGCUGGAUUAUACAACGUAUCCGUCAGAAUCUACAACGAUCAAAGAUGUUGAUACCAGAUAUUCGUCAGAGAUGACAACGGUCCAAGAUAUUAAAACCACAGAACUCCCAGUUGAUGUCAAUACAACGCUACCGCCAGCAGUGACAACGAUAAAAGACGCAAAUACAACGUUACCGCCAGUAUCUACAACGAUCAAAGACGUUAAUACAACGCUACCGCCAGCAGUGACAACGAUAAAAGACGCAAAUACAACGUUACCGCCAGCAGUGACAACGAACAAAGACGUAAAUACAACGUUACCGCCUGUAUCCACAACGAUCAAAGACGUUAAUACAACGCUACCGCCAGUAUCUACAACGAUCAAAGACGUUAAUACAACGCUACCGCCAGUAUCUACAACGAUCAAAGACGUUAAUACAACGCUACCGCCAGUAUCUACAACGAUCAAAGAUGUUAAUACAACGCUACCGCCAGUAUCUACAACGAUCAAAGACGUUAAUACAACGCUACCGCCAGUAUCUACAACGAUCAAAGACGUUAAUACAACGCUACCGCCAGUAUCUACAACGAUCAAAGAUGUUAAUACAACGCUACCGCCAGUAUCUACAACGAUCAAAGAUGUUGAUACCACAUAUUCGUCAGAGAUGACAACGGUCCAAGAUAUUAAAACCACAGAACCCCCAGUAGAUGUUAAUACAACGCUACGGCCAGUAUCUACAACGAUAAAAGAAGUUAAAACAACGCUACCGCCAGCAGUGACAACGAUAAAAGACGCAAAUACAACGUUACCGCCAGCAGUGACAACGAACAAAGACGUAAAUACAACGUUACCGCCUGUAUCCACAACGAUCAAAGAAGUUAAAACAACGCUACCGCCAGCAGUGACAACGAUAACAGACGCAAAUACAACGUUACCGCCAGCAGUGACAACGAACAAAGACGUAAAUAAAACGUUACUGCCCGUAUCCACAACGAUCAAAGACGUUAAUACAACGCUACCGCCAUCAGUGACAACGAUCAAAGAUGUAAAACCAUUAGUGACAACGAACAAAGACGUAAAUACAACGUUACCGCCUGUAUCCACAACGAACAAAGACGUUAAUACAACGCUACCGCCAGUAUCUACAACGGUCAAAGAUGUUAAGAUAACGCUACCGCCAGUAUCUACAACGAUCAAAGAUGUUGAUACCACAUAUUCGUCAGAGAUGACAACGGUCCAAGAUAUUAAAACCACAGAACCCCCAGUAGAUGUUAAUACAACGCUACGGCCAGUAUCUACAAUGGCCACCACUAACACAAUGCAACCGACAGCUUUGACAACAGCCAAGGAUACUAAUACAAGGACGGUCAAUGAUCUGACGACCACACUACCGCCAGAAUCGACAAUCACCACUAAUACCAAUACAGGUCAAUCGCCAACGUCGACAACGAACGAUGAUACAACAUAA